AUGGCAGGGACGCACUGGCUUUGCUUAUUAUUUAGCUUUUACAGCCUCUUUUCGCUAUCUUUCGCUGACAGCUGCUGGCGCGACACCUCCUGCUCGGGUCCCACAGAAAGUGCAUUCAACGGGCCCUGGGAGAGAAACAUUUUUGCGCCAGCCUCACGAACAGUACGACCAGCGUCAACACUACUGGAACUGAAGAAAAAUGCUAGCACAGACUCCCUCUAUCCAUACAAAGCAUCCUUACACGGAAAUGGCUCGACAAUAGUAUUUGACUUUGGCGUCGAGGUGGGGGGUAUUGUGCAUCUAAACUAUACCUCUACCGGCAAGGCAAACAUAGGUCUGGCAUUCACGGAAGCAAAAACCUGGAUCGGAAAAUGGUCAGAUUCGUCAAGUGCUCUGUACCAUGAUGGUGCUCUGUAUGCCAACAUUUCCUCCUCUGGGACGGGAAGUUAUGUUAUGCCGGACAAAUAUCUGCGAGGUGGAUUCCGAUACCUGACCGUUUUCCUCAUCACGGAUGACUUGGUGGACGUCCAGAUUGAGGACUUGAGCUUGGAAAUCGCAUUUAAACCCACUUGGUCAAAUCUGAGGGCUUAUCAGGGAUAUUUCCACUCCAGUGACGAGCUUCUGAAUCGCAUCUGGUACAGCGGUGCCUAUACACUACAGACGAACGAAGUGCCUGUUAAUACGGGCCGAGUCACCAAGGGUAUUACCUCAGGAUGGGUCAACAAUGGGACACUCGGACCUGGAGAUACUAUCAUCGUGGACGGUGCCAAGCGGGAUCGUGCGGUUUGGCCUGGUGAUAUGGGCAUUGCUGUUCCUUCGGCGUUCGUGAGCUUGGGUGAUCUAGAAAGUGUCAAGAACGCUUUGCAGAUCAUGUACACGACACAGGACAAUUCCACGGGUGCAUUUGAUGAAUCUGGACCUCCACUCAGUCAAAAGGACUCGGAUACAUACCAUAUGUGGUCUAUGAUCGGCACUUACAACUACGUACUAUACACCAACGAUACUGACUUCCUAUUGAAAAACUGGGGAGGUUAUCUGCAUGCCAUGGACUACAUUUACGGCAAGGUGACUUACCCCAGUGGUCUUCUGAACGUAACCGGCACACGAGACUGGGCUCGAUGGCAGCAAGGCUAUAACAACUCCGAGGCCCAGAUGAUUCUUUAUCAUACACUCAAAACAGGUUCAUCUCUUGCCUCAUGGGCUGGAGACUCGACCAACCUAUCAACUACAUGGAGCUCACAAGCAGCCAAUCUCAAGAAAGCAAUCAACACCUAUUGCUGGGAUGAAUCGUACGGUGCAUUCAAAGACAACGCAACGGAAACCACUCUGCAUCCACAAGAUGCCAACAGCAUGGCAAUAAUGUUUGGAAUUGUCGAUGAUGAGCGUGCAGCCAGUAUCUCCGAGAAACUUCUCAAGAACUGGACGCCGAUCGGAGCCGUGGCCCCUGAGUUACCCGAAAAUAUCGCCUCAUUCAUUUCCUCCUUCGAGAUUCAAAGCCACUUCAUUGCUAACCAGCCACUGCGCGCCCUGGAGCUCAUCCGUCGCAGCUGGGGCUGGUACAUCAAUAAUCCGAAUGGUACCCAGAGCACCGUAAUAGAGGGAUACCUUCAAAACGGCACUUUCGGAUACCGAAUGAACCGCGGGUACGGAUAUGAUCCCUCCUAUGUUUCUCAUGCCCAUGGCUGGUCAGCAGGACCAACCUCUGCAUUGACAGAGUAUGUUGUUGGCUUGUCUGUGGUCUCUCCUCUGGGGCUGGAGUGGAAUAUUGCACCACAAUUUGGGGACUUGGAUUUUGCCUCAGCCGGCUUCGUCACCUCCCUCGGAAAAUUCGAGGCGUCUUGGAAAAAAAGAUCUAAUGGGCAUGGAUAUGUUCUGGAUUUUACGGUGCCGAAGAGUUCGGUGGGAAAAGUCACUUUGCCCUUUAUUGCCGCAUCCAAGAAGCCUUCGAUCACCAUCAACGGUGAUCAAUUGACGAGAGGAGUGACUUAUGUAGACAAUACUGCCACUGUCAAGGUGACUGGUGGCUCUCAUAAAGUGGUUGUUGAAUAG